CUGCCAGGCUCGGGCAUCUCCCGGGAGAGCCUUCCGGGCUCCGGGUGGCUGCUGGCCGGGCGCGUUCCGGGGCGCCCAAGGGCAGGGCGCGGAGGGGCAGCGGCUCGCCUGGGCUCUGCAAGCUGCGGGGCCACAGCUCCAGAUGCGGAAGCCAUGGAGUUGAGCUGCAGCGAAGUACCUCUUUAUGGACAGAUGACGGUCUAUGCGAAGUUUGACAAAAAUGUUUAUCUUCCUGAAGAUGCUGAGUUUUACUUUAUUUACGAUGGAUCUCAUCAGCGACACAUUGUGAUUGCAGAACGUGUCAAGGAUAAUGUUCUCCAAUCCAGCAUUCCAGGCCGUGGGCUUCAGGAGAUGGUGACAGUGUCCGUGUGCCUCUGCUCAGAAGGCUACUCCCCAGUGACCAUGGGCUCUGGCUCGGUGACCUAUGUGGACAACAUGGCGUGCAGGCUGGCCCGUUUGCUGGUGACCCAGGCUGACCGCCUCACAGCCUGCAGCCAUCAGACUCUGCUGACCCCCUUUGCCCUGACGGUGGGAGCCCUGCCUGCGUUGGACGAGGAGCUCGUGCUGGCUCUGACCCAUCUGGAGUUGCCUCUAGGGUGGACUGUCUUGGGCAGUUCUCAAUUGGAAGUAUCUCUGCACAGAGAGUCUCUUCUACACCUGGCUAUGAGAUGGGGCCUGGCUAAGCUUUCCCAGUUCCUUUUGUGUCUCCCUGGGGGAGUCCAGGCCUUGGCUUUACCCAAUGAAGAGGGUGCCACCCCAAUAGACUUAGCUUUACGUGAAGGACACUCCAAGUUGGUGGAGGACAUCAUGAAUUUUCAGGGCAGGAGGUCCCCAGGCUUCUCCCGAGUGCAGCUCAGUGAAGACGCCUCCCUGCAUUAUGUCCACUCGUCAGAAACGCUGACCUUAACCCUUAACCACACAGCCGAGCAUCUUUUGGAGGCAGAUAUUAAACUCUUCCGGAAAUACUUUUGGGAUAGAGCCUUUCUUAACAAGGCCCUUGAGCGAGAAGCCAGGCCAGAGGAGGGAACUGCUCUGCCCUUGGGUCCAACAGAAACUGAAGAAGAGAUUAUGAAUUUGGUGUCCAGCCGUUCUUCACCUGAAAAGGAGGACGUAAAGUGUGACAAAAGCUUGGUGGUUCAACGGAAUGAACGUGAAGACCAGGACAGUGCUGGUUUUGAUCGCUCCUUUGAUGUCCUCAAAAAAUCCAAGCAUCUCCCAGCAUCACUUGCUGCAGGCCGGCUCUCAGACAUGCUGAAUGGAGGUGACGAAGUGUAUGCUAACUGCAUGGUGAUCGACCAGGUUGAUGAUUUGGAUAUCAACUAUAUUAAUAUAGAGGGAUUCACUGCUGACAGCAGCCCUGAAUCCAUGGGUUCCACCUUGGGGCCUCAGAGCUGUGAGCACAUCCUUCCUACUGAAACCAGCCCCGGUGUGUCCCCACUAGGGGAGGACAGCGAAAGGCCAGCCAAGACUGAAGCCCAGCAGUCCUGUGGGUCACUGUCUAGCUCAUGCACUUCCAACCUGAAUCUUUCUUUUGGUCUGCAUGGGUUCGAAAAGGAACAAAGUCAUCUAAAGAACAGAAGUUCCAGCCUUGAUGGUUUGGAUGCUGACAGUGAAGGAGAAGGGCGUUCUGAGCAGUCACACACUUGCUACACUCCGGAGUCUCAGAGUUCUUCCAGAACUGGGAUUCCCAGUGGGGAUGAAUUGGAUUCUUUUGAGACCAACAUGGAACCGGAUUUUAACAUCUCCAGGGCUGAAUCCCUUUCUCUAUCAAGUAAUCUGCAGUCAAAGGAAUUGUUGCUUUCUGGAGUCCGCUCACGGUCUUACUCUUGCUCAUCACCCAAAAUUUCUUUGGGCAAAACUCAGUUGGUGCGUGACCUUACAGUGUGCAAUUCAAGCGAAGAGCAAAGAGCUUACAGCUUACCAGAGCCACCAAGAGAAAAAAGAAUUCAGGAAGAAGAAUGGGAUAAAUACAUCAUUCCUGCAAAAUCAGAGUCUGAAAAAUAUAAAGUGAGCAGAACGUUCAGUUUCCUCAUGAAUAGGAUGACCAGUCCUCGGAAUAAAUCUAAGACAAAAAGCAAGGAUGCCAAAGACAAAGAAAAACUGACUCGACAUCAGUUCGUCCUGGGAACGUUCUCCGGGGUGCUGCAGUGCUCGGUUUGUGAUAAGACGCUCCUGGGGAAAGAGUCGUUCCAGUGUUCCAACUGUAAUGCCAGCGCUCACAAGGGUUGUAAAGACGCCGCACCUCCCUGCACCAAGAAAUUCCAAGAGAAAUAUAACAAGAACAAACCGCAGACCAUCCUUGGAAAUUCUUCACUUAGAGACAGCCCGCAGCCCGGCCUCUCUCUGCACCCUUCUUCUUCCAUGCCUAUUGGGCUGCCAACCGGAAGGAGAGAAACUGCAGGGCAGGUCCAUCCGCUGUCCAGAAGUGUUCCAGGCACCACCUUGGAAAGCUUCAGGAGGUUGGCAACAUCCUUGGAGUCUGAGAGUGACAGUAACAACGGCAGAAGCAGGUCUCAUUCGGAUGAGCUGCUGCUGUCUGUGGGCUCAUCUCCCUCCACGGAGUCUUUUAUAAUGGAAGAUGUCGUGGACUCUUCUCUGUGGAGUGACCUCAGCAGUGAUGCCCAGGAAUUCGAAGCAGAAUCUUGGAGUCUUGUUGUGGAUCCUUCAUUUUGUAGUAAGCAGGAAAAGGACGUCAUCAAAAGACAGGAUGUCAUUUUCGAGCUGAUGCAGACGGAGAUGCAUCACAUCCAGACCCUGCUCAUCAUGGCUGAGAUCUUCAGGAAGGGCAUGAAGGAGGAGCUGCAGCUGGACCACGGCACCGUGGAUAAAAUCUUCCCCUGUCUAGACGAGUUGCUCGAAAUCCACAGGCAUUUCUUUUGCAGUAUGAAGGAGCGAAGGCAGGAAUCCUCUGCUGGCAACGACAGGAAUUUUGUAAUCGACCGAAUUGGAGACAUUCUGGUACAACAGUUUUCAGAAGAAAAUGCAAGUAAAAUGAAGAAAAUAUAUGGAGAAUUCUGUAGCCAUCACAAAGAAGCCGUUAACCUCUUUAAAGAACUCCAGCAGAAUAAAAAAUUUCAGAAUUUUAUUAAGCUCCGAAAUAGUAAUCUUUUGGCUCGACGCCGAGGAAUUCCAGAGUGCAUUCUGCUGGUCACUCAGCGCAUCACUAAAUACCCUGUGUUGGUGGAAAGGAUAUUGCAGUACACAAAGGAAAGAACUGAAGAACAUAAAGACUUGUGCAAAGCUCUUGGCUUAAUUAAAGACAUGAUUGCAACAGUGGACUUAAAAGUCAACGAGUAUGAGAAAAACCAAAAAUGGCUUGAGAUCUUAAAUAAGAUUGAAAACAAAACCUACACAAAGCUCAAAAAUGGCCACGUGUUUAGGAAGCAGGCUCUGCUAAGUAAAGAAAGGACUCUGUUAUAUGACGGCCUUGUUUACUGGAAAACUGCCACGGGUCGUUUCAAAGAUAUCCUAGCUCUACUUCUAACUGAUGUGCUGCUCUUUUUACAAGAGAAAGACCAGAAAUACAUCUUUGCAGCUGUUGAUCAGAAGCCGUCCGUUAUUUCUCUUCAAAAGCUCAUUGCUAGAGAAGUUGCUAAUGAGGAGAGAGGAAUGUUUCUGAUCAGCGCUUCAUCUGCUGGGCCUGAGAUGUAUGAAAUUCACACCAAUUCCAAGGAGGAACGAAACAAUUGGAUGAGACGGAUCCAGCAGGCAGUGGAAAGUUGCCCCGAAGAAGAAGGGGGAAGGACAAGUGAAUCCGAUGAAGAGAGGAGGAAAGCUGAAGCCAGAGUGGCCAGGAUUCAGCAAUGUCAAGAGAUACUCACUAAUCAAGACCAACAAAUUUGCACAUAUUUGGAGGAGAAGCUGCGGAUCUAUGCUGAGCUUGGAGAGCUGAGUGGAUUUGAGGAUGCCCAUCUAGAGCCCCACCUCCUCGUUAAGCCUGACCCAGGAGAGCCCCCCCAGGCAGCCUCGUUACUGACGGCAGCACUGAGAGAAGCUGAGAGCCUACAAGUUGCAGUGAAGGCCUCACAGACAAGCGAUGUAAGUCAGUCAUCCGAGGACAGUUGUGGAGAAUCUGUCUUGACGGACACAUCCAGUUCUCACGAUGUCCCAGGAUCGCCUACUGCUUCACUAGUCCCAGAAGGGAGAGAAGGAAGAGGCUGUUGGGAUGUGGAUCCCGGGAUGCAGGGUGUGGUAACCGACUUGGCAGUCUCUGAUGCAGGGGAGAAGGUGGAAUAUAGAAGUUUUGCAGGUUCUUCACAGUCUGAGAUUAUACAAGCUAUACAGAAUUUAACCCGUCUCUUAUAUAGCCUUCAGGCCGCCCUGACCAUUCAGGACAGCCACAUUGAGAUCCACAAGCUGGUCCUCCGGCAGCAGGAGAGCCGGGCCCUCUGCCACCCUCUCCUCCGAGGCUGCCCCUCGCAGGACGCCGACAGGCCGCGCGGGGAGCCGGCCGACGCGGGGCAGCUGCAGCGGCGGCUGCAGCAGGAGCAGCUGCGCUGGCAGCGCGGGUGGGAGCAGCAGCAGCGCGCGCAGGCGGCCCGGGAGCGCGGGCUGCGGGAGCGCGAGCGCCAGUGCCGGGCGCGGGAGGAGCGGCUGCUGCGGGGCCGCGGCGAGCUGGAGCACCAGCGCCAGGAGCACCAGCACAGCCUGGAGCGGCUGAGGGAGGGCCAGCGGCUGGUGGAGAGCGAGCGGGCCAGUGUGCGCGGCCAGCAGGGCCUGCUGGGCCCCUGGAGGCACAGCCGCCAGCGGAGCCUCCCCGCAGCCUUUCCUCUGCACGCCGAGGAGGUACUGGAACUUAAUCGAUCUGAGAGUUUAUGUCAUGAAAAUUCCUUCUUCAUCAAUGAAGCUUUAGUACAAAUGUCACUUAACACUUUCAACAAACCGAAUCCAGCAGGUAUCCAUCAGGAUGCCGUUUCACCCCCAAAUAUGUCUUAUUCUGAUCUGGAAAGGACUAGUGAAAACCAAGUAGACCUCAAGACAGACAUUUCUCAGCCCUCAGAUGUCAACCAUGAACUGUGGACAGCCACUGGGCCCUGUCAUCAGAUACCUCCUCUCUAUGCAAGCAGAAAGGAUUCUUAUGAAAAUGAUUUGGAUACCUCCCAGACUGCGCCCCCAGCCCCCCAGGAUUCAGACUCACACCACCCUCAGCUGCAGACAUUCAUAACAGAAGCAAAGCUAAAUCUACAGACAACGACCAGACAAGACGGGGAAAUUGGAGAUGGAGCCGAAGAAAAUAUUGUUUACCUCUAAUUGUGUUGUCAUUUUUCCAAACUAAACAAAACACUGGCACUUUGGGGAGAAACUUUGUUUUCCAUUCCCUAUGUGUGUAUGAUUGUCUGUGUCCAAAUUGCUUCAGGAAUAAUAUUUACUGUUUCAUGGGGCAUGAGUCUAAUAAUUAAGUUAUUGAAAACAGCCCUGUUUAUAGAAUCUUUAAUUUAUCACACCUAAUUUCAGAUUGCUGGGGGAGAAACUAACUUGAAUAAGUGGAAGUAUUUUAGAAGUAUUUUGGACCCUACAGUAAAAUUGCACAUUGCAUUUUCUACCAUAUCAUCAGGACUUCAAGUCUUUUAAGAUCUCAGUGAUUCCAUUUAGAUUUAAAGAGUGAUAUGCCCAAAGGAUGAACUUUCACAGUCCCUUGCUUAUCAAGAGUAGCCUCAGUGCCCCAAAAGGCAGAGGAGGAUGUGGGAAAGGCUGUUUCUCAGCUAGCUUUUAUGUGCUAAUGUCUUUUGGGGGCAUCAGAGGUGGUCCUGCCUAGGCAUCUGUUGUGAUUGGUUGGCCACUGUGCCAGAGACACAGUCUGGACACACUUAGGACCCGAACCACGUGCUUUGCAGAUACUUUGUCCUCAUGAUGGUGGAGGGGGUCAAGGCACAGUUUAGCAUCACCUUUCAACACAGCCCAGAGGCCCAGAGCCCCCUGCAGGUCGGUUUUGAUGUAAAUAGUGAAACUCCUUUGGCGGCCUCAUGUCUGUCAGCUGGCUUGUCCCACUGGCACCUGCCGCACUGGCACCAACAGCUACCGCUCACCAGUUCCCAGCAGGGUUUUGAAGACAAAAACUCUUGGUGAAGAGUGCUGCUGGACGUACUUCUCCACUCCACAAAGGAAAGCUGAUACAUCUUGCCUUUAGAGUAAUAUCGGUCUCUGUGUGAGAACCCAGGAAAUAGUUUCAUCUGGUUCAGAAUAACUUGUAUAUGUUUUGGUGUCAAUAAAUACCUUUUACCUCAUUA